AUGCCUAAUAGGUUAGGAACCCAUAAUGGCUUCGACGAGUUUGCAUUAUCUAUCUAUCUAUCUAUCUAUCUAUCUAUCUAUCUUAGUCUGUUCUAUCUAUCUAUCUAUCUAUCUAUCUAUCUAUCUAUCUAUCUAUCUAUCUAUCUAUCUAUCUAUCUAUCUAUCUAUCUAUCUAUCUAUCUUAUCUGUUCUAUCUAUCUAUCUAUCUAUCUAUCUAUCUAUCUAUGUAUCCUAGUCUGUUCGUAUCUAUCUAUCAUCUAUCUAUCUAUCUAUCUAUCUAUUCCAAUUUAUAUAUAUAUAUAUAUAUAUAUAUAUAUGUGUGUGUGUGUGUGUGUGUGUGUGUCUGUUCAUUAUCUAUCUAUCUAUCUAUCUAUCUAUCUAUCUAUCUAUCUAUCUAUCUAUCUAUCUAUCCCAGUCUGUUCAUAUCUAUCUAUCUAUCUGUCGCAGUCUGUUCAUCUAUCUAUCCUAGAUUAUAUAUCUUACUGUUCUUUCUCUUCAUUAUAUAUAUAUAUAUAUAUCACUGUCUGUUCAUUAUCUAUCUAUCUAUCUAUCUAUCUAUCUAUCUAUCUAUCUAUCUAUCUAUACACACGACGGGACCUUUAUGCGUUCCCUCUAUGUCUCGCGUUACCCACCUCCUCUUUCGCCUACAACACCCCUUCUUUUUUAGACCCCUUCGGUUUUGAUUAG